GGUGUGCAGAGCGGCUUUUGUGCUGUUUCCAUGGUGGAAGCAGCAGCUGGCAGGUGUUUGCAGAUCUGGUUUCAUUAUCUUUUCCAGGAUCUUCCCAGACAAACAUGAUGGCAAUAAGAGCACUCUGGACAACUGUAAAUAACAAGCAACCUUGAAAAGGGAAGAAAAUCAAGCCAGAAAUCAAAAUAUUUUCUAUUUCCUUCAGAAAACCUCACAAUUCUGCUUCUCCUCCAGCAGCUGUUAGACAAAAGAAAGAAAAUCAAGAAAGAAUAAGCAGAUUAUGCAAAACUCAAGGAUGCAUUACAUUAAAAUUGAAGGGAGAUUACUAUUCAUUCAGCAAAAGAAGGAAAUAUCUGGAAGUCAGUGGGGAGGAAACUGUAAAGUCAUGUAGAAUAGACAGUAGUGCAGGCAUCUGCCUGUGAGGAAAAAACGGCUUGAAUGAAAGCACCACUAAAAAACAUUGAAAUUGUAUUUACAAGUUGACAGUCUGAUUACCAGUCUACCAAAUAAAUUUCUUCAUUAAAAGUAUAUAACAGUAUUGACCAGCAAAAAAAAGAAAGAAAGAAAGCAUCACUAAAAACGACAUUGUCCAUAUUUUUGACCUCCUCAAGAAUACCAGCUGUGGAAAAGUUCCAUAGAUUUACCUAUUGUGAGAAAAGCACAGAUUGCAAAUAACACCUGAUUAUGCAACAAGGAGCCAGAAAGGAGAAAAGCCAAAAAAAUUACCUGAAUGUGACAAAAACUAUGGUCAGAACAGCUCCAUUGUGGUUCAUGGAAGCACCCACACAGAAUAGGGAAGCCACAAAAGUGCUCCCAAUGCGGUAAAUGCUUUAGUGAGCAUGGCAACAUGGUGCUACAUCAGAUACUCACAGGAGGGACAAAACGUAUGACUGCAGAUUGUAUGAAAGUUUCAUUAGAGAUUCCCAGAUCAUGAGACACUAAAGGACUUAUACACAGGAAAAAAAACCAUUUGAACAUCCUUUCUGUGGGAAACGUUUUGUUUUCCGUUUCGAGAAUUCCAGACUCACACAAAAGUGAAACCCUUUGAAUGUCCUGACUGAAAAAGUUUCAGUCACAAUUUCAGUCUGAUGCAUCAGUAGAUUGACUCCACGGAAAAACUGUAUGAGUGUCUAGAUUGUGGGAAAAGCUUUAUUAGAAAUAUCCAUCUCGGACAACAGAGAACGCCACAGGAAAAAAAAACAUUUCAAUGACCUUUCUGUGGGAAAAGUUUCAGUUAGAAAUCUAGCCUCAAGAUACACCAGAGGACUCACUUAGGAGAAAAAUGCUUUGAAUGUCCUGAUUGUGGGAAAACUUUCACUUGUAAUUUGAACCUUGGUGAUACACCAGAGGAAACCCAAAGGAGAGAAACCCUUUCAAUGUUCUGAUUGUGGGAAAGGGUUCAUUAGAAAUUUCCAUCUCAUGAGACACCAGAGAACUCACAUAGGAGAGAAAUGCUUUGAAUGUCCUGAUUGUUGGAAAAUUUUCAGUUAUAAUUCCAACUUGGUGAUAGACCAGAGGAAUCAUAAAGGAGAAAACCCAUUUCAAUGUUCUGACUGUGGGAAAAGUUUCAGUCAUAAUUCCUGCCUCGUAAUACAUCAGAGGAUUCACUCCAUGGAGAAACCUUAUGAGUGUCAAGAUUGUGGGAAAGGUUUCAUUAGAAAUUCCCACCUCCUGAGACACAAGACCACUCACACAGGAGAGAAAUCCUUUGAAUGUCCUAUCUGUGGGAAAAACUUUAGUGAUAAUUCCAGCCUGCUGAAACACAAGAGGACUCAUCCAGGAGAUAAACCCUUUGAAUGUCCUGAUUGUGGGAAACAUUACAGUCAUAAUUCUCACUUGGUGAUACACCAGAGGACUCACACAGGAGAGAAACCCUUUGAAUGUCCUAUCUGUGGCAAAGGUUUUGGUCGCAAUUACACGCUGAUGUUACACCAGAGAACUCACACAGGAGAGAAACCCUUUGAAUGUCCUAUCUGUAGGAAAGGUUUUUGUGAUAAUUCCAAUCUGCUGACACACCAGAGGACUCACACAGGAGAGAAACCCUUUGAAUGUCCUGACUGUGGGAAACGUUACAGUCAGAAUUCCCACUUGGUAAAACACCAGAGGACGCACACAGGAGAGAAACCCUUUGAAUGCCCUAUCUGUGGGAAAAGCUUUAGUGAUAAUUCCAGCCUUCUGACACACCAGAGGACUCACACAGGAGAGAAACCCUUUCAAUGUUCUGAUUGUGGGAAAAGUUUUAGUCAGAGUUCCAGCCUGGUGAAACACCAGAGGACUCACACAGGAGAGAAACCCUUUGAAUGUCCUGACUGUGGGAAAUGUUACAGUCAUAAUUCCCACCUAGUGAGACACCAGAGGACUCACACAGGAGAGGAACCAUUUGAAUGUCAAAUCUGUAGGAAAGGUUUUCGUGACAAUUCCAGCCUGGUUAAACACCAGAGGAUUCACACAGGAGAGAAACCUUUUGAAUGUCCUAUCUGUGAAAAAGGUUUUAGUCGCAAUUACACACUGAUGUUACACCAGAGGACUCACACAGGAGAGAAACCCUUUGAAUGUCCUGAGUGUUGGAAACGUUUUUGUGAUAAUUCCAGUCUGGUGAGACACCAGAGGACUCAUAAUGGAGAUAAACCUUUUGAAUGUCCUGAUUGUGGGAAAAGUUUUAGUCAGAGUUCCAGCCUGGUGAAACACCAGAGAACUCACACAGGAGAGAAACCCUUUGAAUGUCCUAUCUGUGAAAAAGGUUUUAGUCGCUAUUACACACUGGUGUUACACCAGAGGACUCACACAGGAGAGAAACCCUUUGAAUGCCCUGACUGUUGGAAACGUUACAGUCAGAAUUCCCACCUGGUGAUACACCAGAGGACUCACACAGGAGAGAAACCCUAUGAAUGUCCUGACUGUUGGAAACGUUUUUGUGAUAAUUCCAGCCUGGUGAGACACCAGAGGACACACAAUGGAGAGAAACCUUUUGAAUGUCCUGAUUGUGGGAAAAGUUUUAGUCAGAGUUCUAGCCUGGUGAAACAUCAGAGAACUCACACAGGAGAGAAACCCUUUGAAUGUCCUAUCUGUAGGAAACGUUUUUGUGAUAAUUCCAGCCUGGUGAAACAUCAGAGGACUCACACAGGAGAGAAACCCUUUGAAUGUCCUAUCUGUGGGAAAAGCUUUAGUGAUAAUUCCAAUCUGGUGACACACCAGAGGACUCACACAGGAGAGAGACCCUUUGAAUGUUCUGACUGUGGGAAAAGUUACAGUCAGAAUUCCCACCUAGUGAUCCACCAGAGGACUCAUACAGGAGAGAAACCCUUUGAAUGUCCUAUCUGUGGGAAAAGCUUUAGUGAUAAUUCCAGCCUGAUGAGACAGCAGUGGACUCACACAGGAGAAAAACUCUUUGAAUGUUCUAUCUGUAUGAAAAGUUUCAGUCAGAGUUCCUACCUAGUGAUACACCAGAGGACUCACACCAUGAAGAAAUCUUUGAAAUUUUAUCAGAGAGAUCUUUAUGCAACCAUGCCAGUUUCUUCUUGGUUCCCCAUCUUUGGUUGCACAGAAUUCCCGCCUUACGCCAUGGAGAAACCUUAUGAGUGUCAAGAUUGUGGGAAAGGUUUCAUUAGAAAUUACCAUCUCCUGAGACACAGGAUCACACACACAGGAGAGAAACCCUUUGAAUGUCCUGACUGUGGGAAAAGCUUUAGUAGUAAUUCCAAUCUGCUGACACACCAGAGGACUCACACAGGAGAGAAACCCUUUGAAUGUCCUGAUUGUGGGAAACGUUACAGUCAGAAUUCUCACCUGGUGAUUCACCAGAGGACUCACACAGGAGAGAAACCCUUUGAAUGUCCAGACUGUGGGAAAAGCUUUAGUGAUAAUUCCAGUCUGGUGACACACCAGAGGACUCACACAGGAGAGAAACCCUUUGAAUGUCCUGACUGUGGGAAACGUUACAGUCAGAAUUCCCACCUGGUGAUUCACCAGUGGACUCACACAGGAGAGAAACCAUUUGAAUGUCCUAUCUGUGGGAAAAGCUGUAGUGAUAAUUACAAUCUUCUGAGACACCAGAGGAGUCACACAGGAGAGAAACCCUUUGAAUGUCCUGACUGUGGGAAAAGUUACAGUCAGAAUUCCUACCUGUUGACACACCAGAGGACUCAUACAGGAGAAAAACCCUUUGAAUGUCCUAUCUGUGGGAAACGUUAUAGUAAUAAUUCUAGCCUGGUAAAACACGAGAGGACUCACACAGGAGAAAAACCCUUUGAAUGUCCUAUAUGUGGGAAAAGUUAUAGUAAUAAUUUUAGCCUGGUGAUACACCAUAGGACUCACACAGGAGAGAAACCCUAUGAAUGUCCUGAUUGUGGGAAAAAAUUUAGUCACACUUCCAACCUGGUGACACACCAGAGGACUCACACAGAAGAGAAACCCUUUGUAUGUUCUAUCUGUAGGAAACGUUUUUGUUAUAAUUCCAGCCUUAUGAGACACCAGAGGACUCACACCGUGAAGAAAUCUUUGAAAUAUAUUGAUCAGGAGAUUUCCCCUUGUAGGGCUCCUUCUCCUAAACCUGCGGGGAAAAGAAAGGCCAAAACCAGAGGUGUUGUUAAGACAGCUUCCAAGCCCGCUCAAGUUGAGGGUAAUAUGGACAGGCAUGCUGCCAGAUGCCACCAUGCUCUGGAGAAGCAGUUUAACAAGGCUAAGGCCUCCAUGCAAUCUGAAGAUCCUUCUCCUUUAAAUGCUGAGGAUCAUGUGGCCCAGUCUCCUGUGCCACCUAUAUCUAAUCCUCAAGAGCCCAAUAUUGUGGCUUGGCCACAGGGUGACAUUAUACUUGUGCCUCAGGGCCACAAUUUACUCUGUAGUCAAGGUGAGCAUGUUCAGAAUACACCUCUACCUGCGCAGAUGCCAUCUGGUGCAUCAGACUCUAACUCUGCUGUUCCUGUUUUGCAACCUCAAGUGAUAGGUACAACUAAUUCUGGUCAGGUGAUUGACUUUCAAGAUAUGCUUUCUCAAGCGUUUGCCAGUUUUUUGAAGUCUACUUUGCAACAUAGUACAAUGCCUACCUUACCUGUGCCACCAACGAAAACAAUGCAUUCUGUCUCAGUGGCUAACCCUUCUACAUCUAAGUCUGCUACUACCCACCAGGGCGUGGAGGGCUCUGAACAUGAUGACGACUAUUUUGAUGACUUUGAUAUGUCUGAGGAUGAUGAGGCUCUGUCUGACAAGCCUGCCUUUCCGGGACUGUUCAGACCUGCUCUUUUUACUUCCUUGCUGCAUAAGGCUAAGGUUGCCACUAAUAUGGGCAAGGUUAUUGACCCACUUUCUUCUUCACAAGAACAACCUAAUAUGUCUGACUCCUUAUUUAAAAUGCCUCAACCUGAGCAUGAUUAUAUCCCGUUUCCGGAUUUAUUCUCUCAGGUGAUUCAACGCCCUUGGGACCGCCCUGGUUCUCUUUCUGGCCCUUCUGGCCAUGACAAAAGAAUGUAUUGUGCCAUCCCCGACCUUGAGGCUUUGCUGCAACUACCUUCGGUAGAUGAACCUGUUGCUAGUCUCGUCUCCUCCUCUGUCUUGGCUGGUGAUGUUGGAGAUGGUCUCCGAAUGGAGGACAAAUGGGCUGAGAUGUCGUAUCACAGACGUUUUCUCCGCUUUGCCUUCGAAGGGCACCAUUUUCAAUACAGGGCCAUGCCGUUUGGUCUCUCGUCGGCACCGCGGACUUUCACAAAAAUUCUAGCGGCUAUAACGGCGUCGGUGCGGGAGUGUUCCAUCCGUAUGGUCUGUUAUCUGGACGAUGUUUUGAUCCUGUCAUCUUCCAAGGCACAAGCAGACAAGGACAGACAAGCGGUACUUCAGGCCCUACAGUGCCAUGGAUUUGUCCUCAACAUUCCCAAGAGCCAGUUGAUUCCAACGUCAUGCCGAUUACCUCAGCAGGGAACAUCUAGAUCCCUCAGAGUGGCAGUUACAUCCCCGUCUGUUUUGGAGUCUCUCCAUCAAGUUUGGAACACCGAUUGUGGACCUAUUCGCGAGCUCUUGGAACACUCACCUUCCCAGGUACUUUACCAGAUUCCCAUCUCCAGCCGCAGAAGGUCACGAUGCCCUUCGGUGCCCGUGGCCGAAAGGUCUACUUUAUGCUUUUCCUCCAAUCCCAAUUCUACCACGGGUUAUCCGGAAGAUAUUGUUGGAACAAGCCAAUCUUCUACUGGUAGCACCUUAUUGGCCAUGGAGGACACGGUUCGCCAAUCUAAAGGGCCUUUCAGUGGAACCACCUUGGCGAAUUCCCCAAGACCAGAUUGUCCUGAUGCAAGGAGCCAUUCGACAUCCAGAUCCAGGCUUGUUAAAGUUGACCGUCUGGCACUUGAACGGAUCAUCCUAAAGAAGGAUAAUAUUCCGUCAAAUAUCAUCUCGACUAUUCAAGCAGCCAGGCACCCUUCAACUAUUAGAAUUUAUAACACAUCCUGGAACUCCUUUGCCCGAUGGUGUGCAGCCAAGCAUGUAGAUCCUACUUCAGCCACAAUUUCUGACAUUUUACAAUUCCUACAAUCUGGACUGGAUAAGGAGGAGGAGAAAGAAGACGAGGAUGACAAUCCCGGGCCCGUGAAGCAAGCCGUGAAAAUCCGCAACAGAAAGCUCGGGUUCCUGCCUUACUCCAUGGAGAAACCUUAUGAGUGUCAAGAUUGUGGGAAAGGUUUCAUUAGAAAUUCCAACCUCCUGAGACACAGGAUCACGCACACAGAAGAGAAACACUUUGAAUGUCCUGACUGUGGGAAAAGCUUUGGUAAUAAUUCCAAUCUGCUGACACACCAGAGGACUCACACAGGAGAGAAACCCUUUGAAUGUCUUGACUGUGGGAAAUGUUACAGUCAGAAAUCUCACCUGGUAAUACACCAGAGGACUCACACAGGAGAGAAACCCUUUGAAUGUCCUAUCUGUGGGAAAAGCUUUAGUGAUAAUUCCAAUUUGCUGACACACCAGAGGACUCACACAGGAGAGAAACCCUUUGAAUGUCCUGACUGUGGGAAACGUUACAGUCAAAAUUCCCACCUGGUAGCACACCAGAGAACUCACACAGGAGAAAAACCCUUUGAAUGUCCUAUCUGUGGGAAAAGCUUUAGUAGUAAUUCCAAUCUGGUGACACACCAGAGGACUCACACAGGAGAGAAACCCUUUGAAUGUCCUGACUGUGGGAAACGUUACAGUCAGAAUAGCCAGAUGGUAAUACACCGGUGGACUCACACAGGAGAGAAACAUUUUGAAUGCCCUAUCUGUGGGAAAAGCUACAGUGAUAAUUACAAUCUUCUAAGACACCAGAGGAGUCACACAGGAGAGAAACCCUAUGAAUGUUCUGAUUGUGGGAAAAGUUUUAGUCACACUUCAAGCCUGGUGACACACCAGAAGACUCACACAGAAGAUAAACCCUUUAUAUGUCCUAUCUGUAGGAAACGUUUUUGUUAUAAUUCCAGUCUUGUGAGACACCAGAGGACUCACACCAUGAAGAAAUCUUUGAAAUGACCAGUCUGUGGACAUUACUUCAAGCAUUAAUCAUCCCUUAUUGCACACAAGGUAAUCUAUAUGAGGAAUAGUAGAUGAGUUUAGAGAAUGCUGGAAUUUCAUUUGUGAUCUCCCAUUGAAAGUUUAGGUGAGAAAUUGAUUGUUUGAAUUUUGGCCUGAUUCAUUUUGCUCAAACAUUUCUCAGGAUUAAAUUUGUAGGUGGAGAGAAAAGGAAAAUGGCUAACUACUAGUUUCUAGUUAUCAGCAGAAGCUUCUUUAUAUUUCCUUUCCCAGAAGUAGUUGAAUUCCUCAAAAAGGAAUUUUGGGUGAGCUUUUCUAUUUUGCUUUCCUUAACUACCCAAAUCCCUCUGCUCUCCCUGAGGCAGCCAUUAAUCAAAUAUGUGAGUUGCUAUGCUGAACACUGUCUACUCAGAGCUGGGGAAAACUCUUGGAGAUCUAGUGCAUGGCCAGGCUUGCGUGCCAUAGGCUUCUCUAGGCCUCCUCUCCCUCCAAGACAUCCUUGUACUCUGUAUCCUAACCCUUGUGUCCCCUGGGCCCUUCACUCCCUCCCAGCGUCCCCUUACACCUGACUCCCACCCCACCCAACCUCACACCCUCCUCCUUCUUACCUUUUGAAUAUCUCUGAACCUCAUGGUGGGGACAGAGGGAAGGACGUGCAUCCUUGGGCCUCAUGAUUUUGUCCUGGAAGUAGCCACCAUUUUCAGUGGACCCUGGAUUCAUCCCUGCUGUGAACUGUGGUAAUGAACACGCCACACUACAUCCUGCAGCAAACGGCAGCUUGCAUGGGCUGCACGACAAGCUAUGUAGUAUAUGGCCACUCGCAGCCACAGAAGACGUCAGACGGCUGUGCAACAAGUGUUGGGGUGUGCUUGCCCUAGCUGCGAUGGUCCUAAAGUAAGCGGCUAAGAAAUCCUCCAAAACUAAGAAGUGGUGCUCAUUUUGAGCCCCAAAAGAAAAUAAAACUAUGUCUUAUUUUCAGGGAAACGGGUAUGUAUAUGCAAUUCUAUGAACUCACGAUUGACCCAAGUCAACAAAUAAAUUUCAUAACUGAAUGGGUGUCAGGUUCCGAAAUAAAAGACUCCAAAUCUUGA